GGUGGCCAACUCCUCCCCUCCCCAUUCUUCCAUUCCAUUCCCCCACAUAUUCCGCCGCAUCACAAUCUCACGUGUCCGUCGCCGGCGAUGGACCGGCAGCCGCCGCCCACCGCCUUGCUAUCGCCGCAGGAGUGGGAGCAGCUCCUCGACGAUUUCGCUUCCUCCUCGAACCCUACUCGCCGCGACCGAUGGCUCCACCUCCCGCUCCUCGACCUCGCUGUCUCCUCGCUGCUCCGCCGCGACCUCCCCUCCCACCUCAAGCCCCUCCUCCUCUCCCUAGUCGACGACCACCUGCUCCCGCCCUCCCCGACCAGCCUCCCCGUGCUCCUCGCCUCCCUCCUCUCCUUCCCGCCGGACCACCCGCUCCGCGACCACCUGCUCGUCACCGUCGUCUCCGCCUUCGCCUCCGCCCUCGCCGCGCCCGUCUCCAGGGACCUCGAGGCCCCGCACCUCGCCGCCCUCGUCGACGCGCUCCUCGCCGCCGCCAACCGCCCCAACCACGCGCCCGACCGCGCCGCGCGCGCGCUCGCCUGCGACGCCCUGCGCGCCCUCGACGCCGCGCUGCCGGGUCUCCUCGCCGAGGCCCUCGGCCACCUCUACGCGCUCGCCGCCGCGGAGCGCUCCCCGGCCGCGCAGUCCUACCUCCUCCUGCUCGCCUCCGCCGCGCGCCACGCCGUGCGCCUCGGGAGGCUCGCCUCCAGCGCCUCCAUCCUGGCGGUAGCAGGCCCGCCCACCCCCUUCGCCGUGCCCGCUCACCUGCUCUCGCCUGCUCCCCCCGCCCCUGGCGCGUCCAUGGCGCCACCCUCGGAGGUGAACGUCAGGGACAUAAGGAAGGUGCUCGCUCUGCUCAUGGACAGGCCACAGGUGCUCACGCCAGCAGCGGCCAUGGAGAUGAUGGCCAUCCUCGCCGAGGUCGCGUCGGCUGUGCUCCAGUGGGCGCCAGCUAUUGCAGCGCACAUCAAGGUGCAGUUCGGGGGGAUGGUGCACUCGUCCAGCCCCAUGCUGCUACACUCGCUGCUCACACUCUUCGUCCAGUUCCCGGAUGCCUUUGGGGCUGAGGAUGAGCGCACAAUGGCGCGCCGCCUGGCUUUGGCUGCCAGUGAGGUGCACCGUCCACUCGCAGUGCGAUUGCUGGCUUUGCAUUGGUUACUCGGCUCAGGCAGGUUCGGACAUCUGGUGCCUGGUCUGACACGAUGGUUUUACCCUGCCGUGUUCGAUCCCCUCGCGCUCAAGGCCAAGAAACUGGAUUGUCUAGCUUAUGUUGCUGCUGGUGUUGAUGGGAAGAAGAUUGCAGCAGCAGACAGAGCGACUGGGCUACUUGACGAUGGCUUGGUUUGCGUCUCCGCCUUCAGGUGGCUCCCAGCAUGGAGUACUGAAACGGGUGUCGCAUUCCGAGCGCUGCACAGUGUCUUGGUUGGUGCUGCUCCUCACAGCUGCUCCGGGGCUGGUGAGCUCCUGAAUUCUACUAUCUUCCACCAUUUACAGGCUAUCAUGGUUGAUUUGGCAUCAGAGCAUCAUGGUUUAGUCCCAGUGAUUGCUGAUUUCACCAACCGUCUGCUAGCAUGCAACUCACAUCAGUGGGCUGGGGAGCGAUUGCUCCAGACACUUGACGAGCGUCUGCUUCCAAGGCUUGAGCCAGGCUACCAGCUUGCAUCAUACUACCCUAUUUUUGAGAAGAUUGCACAGAAUGAGAUGGUGCCUCAGCACCGCCUAAUAGAAUUGCUCACCAAGCAGAUGGUUUCUCUCACCAAGAAGCAUGGACCAGACACAGAGCUGAAGUCAUGGUCUCAGGGAAGCAAAGUUGUGGGCAUUUGUCGUGUCAUGUUGAAGCAUCAUCACAGCUCCCAUAUCUUCCUUCCCCUUUCACGCCUUCUUGUGCUCACUAUCGAAUCCUUCCCAGAUCUGGAGGUCCGGGACCAUGCCAGGAUUUGCUUGCGGCUUUUAUCUUGUGUUCCUGGGAAGAAACUGAGGCAUAUCAUGGGAGUUGGAGAACAAACUUCAGGUGUCACACCUUCUCAUCCUGGUUCCUUGUAUGACAUCCCAUCGCCGCGUGCUGCUCAAGAUCUUAAGAGCAUGCCUGAUCUGGCAUCUUACAUUCAUCUUGAAAGGGUUGUGCCUCUAAUUGUGAAGCAAUCGUGGGCCCUCACAUUGCCUAAUUUCAGUGUCCAGAGCAGACCAUCUGGUUCCAUUCUAAGUAUACAGGAUGUCAGCUCUGCUCCCUCGGAUCAAGAAAAUCCAACAGGACCUACAAUUGAGAGAAUUGGCUAUAGACAAGAAACUUUACGUGUGAUGGACUCUAAAGGCGCUGCAACAUUGCAGAUUCUCAGAAGGUAUUUCGCGUGCAUUCCAGACUACCUACACUCAUCUGGUUUCAAGAUACGAAUACAGUGCACUUUUAGAUUCAACUCAGAGCCAUUUAAUGAUGCUUGGGAGUUAGAUUUGCCAGUUUCAGGUUCUGAUGGGGCUGAUGAACUGCCUGCCCUUUAUGCAGUGACAAUUACAUUUUCAUCAAGUGCACAUUUUGGGAAAAUUCCAUCAUGCCAUAUUCCUUUCAUCCUAGGGGAACCUCCAGGUUCUGGUAUGGACAUCGUCCCCAUAGAUAAUCAGAACAGGGAAGAAUCCAGUUAUUGUGCUUCAGUGAUGAUAGAACUGGAACCUCAAGAGCCUUCACCUGGCCUUAUUGAUGUUUCAGUUGAAGCAAACACUGAGAACUGCCAAGUUUUAUCAGGGUCCCUUAAACCCAUUACAGUUGGCAUUGAGGACAUGUUUCUAAAGGCCAGUGUACCACCUGAUACUCCAAGAGAGGGUGUGGCUAUGUACUACCAGGAUCUGUUUCAUGCUUUAUGGGAGGCCUGUGAUAGCUCUACUAACACAGGUCGAGAAACUUUCCCUUUGAGUGGAGGGAAAGGGUCAGCUGCCAUUAACGGAACUCGGUCUGUUAAACUUUUGGAGGUAACUCCAAAGGUUUUGAUUGGAGCUGUUGAAAGAUAUCUGGCUUCCUUUGUUGUUAGUGUUUCUGGAGGUUCACUUGUAACCAUCCUGAGAGGAAACGGAGUCAUUAAGAAUGUCAUGUGGGAAGAAAAUGUCCCAGAUAACAGUGUAGGUGCUGAUGCACUGGUUCCAUACUCACCGGACAACAAUCUCCAACUUCAGCUCAUAGAUGACGACGAGAUUGGUGUUGGUGCUGAGCAGUAUGGCCAUGAAUGCAAACGAGAUAUGGGAAUCAUUCGGGUCAUGAUAUUCCUACCACCCAGGUAUCACCUCCUGUUUCUGAUGGAGGUAGGCCGUGCCUCAACAUUGAUCAGGAUAAGGACGGAUCAUUGGCCAUGCCUUGCAUAUGUCGACGAAUACUUGGAAGCAUUGUUUUCUUGAGAGGAUUUAUGUGGCCAAUGGUGUGCAGUUUUGUACCAAUGUUGUUCAGUUUUGUACCUUAUGUAACACUACAGAGUGAACAUUGAGAGUUUGGGGGCUUAUGCUUUUUGAGGCCUUUUUUUCUCUUUACCAUUGAGGUUGGAGAGGCAUUUUUUUUUGGAUUUUUUGAGUUGGGAGCUGUAAGCCUGUAACUUCCGGCAGAGAGCAGUUUUGUUCACUGGUAUCAUCAAGAAUACAUAUUGAUAUACGCAGAGAUCCCCAUUGCAAGUUUUGACUACAA